UGUUCCCGCGUUGCUGGAAUCAACGCCGACCCCAGAUCAGCUGUCACUGAAACACGAGCACGGGAGGGAGAGCCCCGGCGACGAGCCGCGAGAAUAAAGAUGUCUGAACCGGACUGUCCGACACACUCUGUUGGGAAAGUCUGCGAGAUCUCCCCCCUGGAUGGAGAAGAUAAAGAGACGCAGCUCUCUGAGAAGAUCCAGGCGGUUCCGAUCCACCGGCGCCCGGACCUGCUGGGGUCCUGCGCUGACCUGGUGAACUCCGAGUGGCGGAGGAGCCAGGCGGCCCGGGUCCACUCCCUCCAGAAGUCCUGCGCAGAGUUCCCCGUGUGCCUGGUUCUCCUGCGGGGCCACAGAGGGGCCGAGCGGCUGCUGGGCCACGCCCGGCUGUCCCGGGUGGUGGGUCGGAGCAGCAGCCUCUUCCUGGAGUCAGUGGUGGUGUCCAGGGCGGAGCGGGGGCGGGGCUACGGCCGCACUCUGAUGGAGGAGACGGAGCGCUACGCCAACAGCAGAGGGUUCAAGCGCCUGUACCUGACCACCCACGAUAAGCAGCACUUCUACGCCCACCUGGGGUACGUGCUGACUACGCCCGUGCAGAACGCAGGCGCCAUGACUGCCUUUGUUCCCAUGGAGACGCUCUUGAGGUUCUCCAGAAUGCCGGGUCAAGAGACGAACACACAAGAGCAAACACGGACAAAGAUGGAGGCUCGUGUACCACACAGUGCUUGUGUUGUGGGGUCACCUCCUCCUCCUCCUCCUCCUCCUCCUCCUCCUCCUCCACUACCUCCUCCACCUUGUCCACCACCACCUUCAUCCAUACCUCCCCCCCCACCUCCCCCCCCUCAGUCUGCAGGGCAGCUUGUAGUUCAGACUCUGACUGAAACUCCCUACAGAGACGCUAAAGGAGUUCCUAUCUACUGGAUGCUCAAAGACAUUUGACGAACACACACUCAGAUACUGCUGGAAACACACUCCGCUGCAUUCAUUCACACGUGUUUGUGUAUAUGUGCACACAUCAAUAGAAACAUAUAUACACUUUCAAAAAGCUCACUCACUAUUAAUGGUCUCUCAGACACACAACAAGUAAUGGAAGAAGACAGGGUAUAGAACAAUUCAGAGAGAGAAAUGAUUUUGGGAUAUUUUGAAACUGAAGAUCAUGAAGGUGCUUGUUUUUAAAAUGCUCAUCAAAAUGCUUGUGGGUUUGUUUGUAUAGAGUGCCUGCCUACCAACCCACAGACUGUGAAAUAUGAACAUCUUCAUCAAACCAUUCAGAUUGGAUUUCCCUUGAUUUGUCACUGGGUCUUUAGGAUAUCUGUUAUAGCAUCACACUAGUUUACCGGCCAGUCAGUGUCCAAAAGGCGACCUUACAGAGCUGUGAGGUCGAGACUUGAGGUCACAUAAACUGAGAGUUAAUUCUCUGGGAAGUAGGAGACAUCUGGUUUCCAGCAAUUACACUUUUAAGAUUUCCAUAUGAAUACAUUCUGGAUGCUUUUAAUGAGUUUAAAUAUCUACUGAAUGUAACCGUUUUCUCUUGAGGGAAUCUUUUGAAAGAUAUGGAUUGUGACAAAGGUCGAGUGAAAGCUUAGUAAAACAUAUUUUAGAACAUAUUUUGGUUUAUUCCAACCAACCACUCACUGUUUUUGAUGUUUUCAUGUGGAACUGUAAUCUUGAACAUGAGGAUUAUUGUGCCUUGUUGAACUGCCAGAGAACUAAAACGUUAUUAAAAUCACUUUUUCACGUUGAUGAGUGUAAUUCAUCACAAUUCUGGUAAUAAAGAGGAUUUAUAAACGUA